AAACCUACAUACCCAAAUCAACACAUCUUCUUCUUCAUUUUCCGCCUCCGCCGUUCGGUUUCUUCUUCUCCAUCUCCGGCACCGCCUCUGCUCCUCCGUCGCUGUUCCAAUCGUCUCUGCCAUCGCCUCAUCGUCGUCUAUUCUUUUUGCUGCUAAUGCUUAAUGAUAGAGUUAAUCUUCGUGUUCUUGUUGAGUCAACUCUUUUAAUACUCCGUGUCAAGUUAAAACCAAUAGAAAACAAGCUCAGUGCUAAUUGUUAUUAGUACCUGCACAAUAGAAAACCCGUCUGCCAUCUAGUCAUCUGCUAAUAUUGGCACCGUGCUAAUUGCUAUUAGUACUUGCACAAUAAUCCACAAGAAAACGUCAGUUCUAUGCAAUUAGUAUUGCUUCUUCCUAGAAUGUUUGCCGUGAGCUGAUGAUCUUUGAUGUUCUAAGAGAAAGUAGAUUCAGUGAAACUUCUAGGCAAACCUUUGCUCGAUCCCUUCUUGGAAUUGGUAGUCUCUGGCAAUUUAGAAUUUUUAAAGCUAUGAGAGAAAUCAAAGUUAAAGGUUCUUCUGGCUUGUGUAAUCUUGCAUCUGAUGGAGAAUCUCAUAUCCAGCAAUUGUCAUCAGUAGAUGAAGAACAGAAGUGCUCAUCUUCAAGUGUCCAAUACACCCCUGAAAUUGAAAAGAAGUAUGUGCAUCAUGUUUAUGAUGCUAUUGCACCCCACUUUAGUUCAACUAGGUUUGCUAAGUGGCCAAAGGUUGCAACCUUUUUGAAUUCUUUGCCUUCGGGAUCUCUCAUAUUGGAUGCGGGAUGUGGAAAUGGGAAAUACUUGGGUUUAAAUCCUAAUUGCUAUUUUAUAGGAUGCGAUAUAAGUGCAUCGCUUAUUAAAAUUUGUGCAGAGAGAGGACAUGAAGUUUUUGUUGGGGAUGCAGUUAAUCUUGCUUAUCGAACUGGUUUUGCGGACGCUGCGAUUUCCAUAGCUGUAUUACAUCACUUGAGUACAGAGAGUAGGAGGAAGAAGGCUAUUGAGGAAUUAGUCCGAGUUGUCAGAAAGGGUGGUCUGGUACUGAUAACUGUUUGGGCUGUAGAACAGGAAGAUGGAUCUUUGGUUGCCAAAUGGACUCCGCUAUCCCAAAAGUAUGUCGAAGAGUGGAUAGGCGCAGGCAGCCCUCGGGUCCGAAGCCCUUCAGCCGUCACUUUGGAAAGCAUAUCAGAAACAGAGGAGAAUAUUUUCAAAGAGCAUAUUAGAGAUUCAGAGGAGAAUGCAGAUGGCAACUUCACGAAAAAUAUGGAUGUAACUGAAAAUAAUUUCGCAGUUGAUGAAAAUGAAAGAAAUGCAAAAAAUCAGCAGGAAUAUUUCGUCCCUUGGCAUUUACCAUAUCAUCGUGCAGAAAUCAGUGGUGCCUCUGCGGGGGCUCUCGCUAGUGGUCUGGCGAAAAAAGAUGAUAAAAAGGGAGCUGUAGUGUAUAACAGAUACUACCAUGUCUUCAGUGAAGGUGAACUUGAAAGGUUAGUAACUGGAAUGAAGGAUGCAGUAGUAGUUGAUCGAUUUUUUGACAAAUCAAACUGGUGUAUCAUUCUUGAGAAAACUUCAUGAAAAACUGCGGAACCGACGAGGGAAACGAGGAAUGCUUUCAGUUCCGGCUCUUCGCAUCAUGGAAUGAUUUAGUGGUGAUGAAGUCUGACAAGCAUGCUCGAUAGAGUGUUCUGGGCUUUGUCCACAUGCUUUCCUGAAAGGAGGUCCUCGUCUAUCCUCAUAGUGUUGUUGUGCUUCUGUUGUGUACAACCCAAUCCGCACAUUGAAAACAAGUUACAGGCAGCCUCACCACCUAUAUUGGUAGAUUUGAUGUUUCUAUGAAGGUGAUUAGUUAGCAAGUGGAGUUGUUGGCAUGAAUGUUUGAGUUGAAUUGAAUUCAAAUGAUCGAUGCUUAAAAAUACAAUGAUACUCCUAGUCAUCCUUUUUUUUUCUCCCUUGUUCCUUUUUAGUAUUUUUUUUGGCCUUUAUUUAUAUUUUGUGCGUUGGUUAGUUCAGUGUUUAUGUUUUCUGUUGAAUUGAUUAUGAUAAAGAAGGCUAUCCAGGCACAUUUGUAUCGCCAUGUCAAUAGAAGUUGUGUUUGUAUAA